AUGAGACGUUCACCACUACUGUCAGGAGAGGUUGAGAGUCGAACAGAAGUGAUGAGAAGGAAGCUAAGAAACAGAAAGGGGGGGGCCACGCUGGGAUAGUCCCAGGCGCGUGACAAUGUACAUCCCUAAGUCAGCCGCGGGUGAAAUCGCCGGCGCGCCUAAGUCCCCACCGCAAGGGGGCGGGCUAGCGGGCGCGCGCAUGAAUCCGCCGGCGCUGGCGCGCUGAGGCAGUCGCGCGCGUCUAAGUCCCCACCGCCGGGGGCGGGCUAGCAAGUGCGCGCAACGACCGAGGCGCCCCUGUCGAGCUGAGAGUGGACUCUUCACACGGUCAACGAGCGCGCGCGCCAACUUCGGAUCCGAGCCCACGUACCCGAAAUCGCUACCGAGGAACGACUGUCGCGGCCGGUCCACGCCAAGCUCGCGGCACGGAGUUCGGAUUCCAAGAUCACAGCACUGCGAUUGCCCAACGGAGAGCUGACACAUGACAUUGACGUCGCGCUUGACCACACACAGGCGCACUUUCAGCGCCUCUACGAUCUCGAGCCGCGCGAUCGGGACCACGUCGAGCGACUUAGGGACGAUUUCUUGGCGCCGAUCAGGUCGGCGCGCACUUGCGAUGACCCGAGCUCGGACCCGCUCUUUCUGCGACGACUCUCGGAAGCGCACAUCGAGCUGCUGCAGCAACCCAUCACCGAGGACGAGGUCGUAGCCGCAAUCGCAACAACACACCCCGGUCGAUCGCCGGGUCCAUCUGGCGUGCCCUACGAGCUCUAUCUGUGAGGAAUCCACUCUCCGCUCGGCUCAGGACUUAGGCGCGCGGAGCGAACCGGGCGCGGACUUAGGCGCGCGGAGUGAGCCGGGCGCCCCGGCCCAGGACUUAGGCGCGCGAAGCGAGCCUGGGACUUAG